AUGUCCGAAUCUAUGUCUUCUGAGUCAUCACCGGAAAAACCCAACCAGGAUCCGGAACAAUUGACCACGAUCGCAGGGAAUAACCCCAAGGCCGAUAACAACGUUGUUGAUGUUCCGGAUGGCGGAUUUGGCUGGUUUGUGGUAGCGGCAUAUUUCCUCUACAAUUUUUCGCAGUGGGGCGCCAAUGCCGGUUAUGCGGUGUAUCUGGCGGAGUACCUUAGUACGAACGAGUUUUCCAACGCCAGCGCUUUGGACUACGCGGCUAUUGGCGGGCUGGCAUUUGGAACGGGUCUGUUUUUCGGGCCCCUUAUAGCGUGGCUAGUGCAUCGCACCAAUGCGCAAGUGGUUAUCGCCGUCGGGCUUGUGCUGCAGUGCGCUUCGCUGUUACUUGCCGCUUUUUCCAAGCGUUUGUGGGAGCUGUACAUGACGCAGGGCGUGAUGAUCUCUUUCGGACUGGCGUUUAUCUGCAUCCCAAGCAUGACGCUGCUGCCACAGUGGUUCCGCAGACGUCGUAACGUUGCUAUAGGGAUCGGCGCUGCGGGCUCCGGCAUGGGCGGCGUGGUCUUCAAUCUGGGCAUGCAGAAGAUCAUGCAAGAGCGGUCAGUCAAAUACGCGCUAAUCACACAGUGCGUCAUCUGUACGUUUCUGAACGUCGUUGCUCUGGCAAUGACACGCACGCGCGUCAAAGAAAUCCGCAAUGCUCAGAUUGCCGCGAACCGCACUCCAACGCCAUACCGCAUAUUCGACCUGCAGGUGCUGCAGAGCGUGGGAUACUGGCUGUUUGUUAUGUAUGUGCUCUGCACGAUGCUUGGAUACGUGGUGUUGCUGUAUUCCCUUUCCGCCUUCACGGUGUCACUAGGAUACUCGCGAUAUCAGGGCGGCAUAGUUUCGUCAAUGGUGAGCGUGGGCGCGUUUUUCGGACGUCCAGCAAUGGGACUCAUUGCAGACGCGUUUGGGCCUGUGACGACCAGUAUAGUUGCGCAUUUGAUUGUGACAGUGUUUUCGCUGGCAAUGUGGAUACCAUGUCAGAAUUUCGCGACCGCUUUGGUAUUCGGAUUGAUCGUGGGCCUAUUCAUGGGCACUAUCUGGUCUGUAAUGGCGCCGAUCGCAACUCGGGUUGUAGGGCUUCAUAAGCUGAGCGUUUGUCUGGGUAUGAUCUGGAUCUAUUUGAGCGCCGGAAGUUUGACGGCUCCGAUCAUCGGACUUGAACUUCGAGUGCCCUCAGACAAGAUCGCAGAUUUGCCUGCCGGGCUAAAUGGCUAUUAUAAGACCGCGAUUUUCGCCGGAAUGAUGUAUUUUGGAUCUGUUAUUGCACUGUGGCUUCUGCGCGGCCUUUUGGCCGCGCGAGACCAGGUGGCCGUAGCCGCCGAAACCGGGUUCGACGACGGCGAAUUGCACUUGAAGGUGAGCACGGGCGAAUGGGCGCGGGGACUAUUCAAAGUGCGGGGUCUGCCCCGUCGGAUUUGA